AUGCAAUCGCCAUGUAUAGAUGCUUGCAAAACCUUCAAGGGCAGCAUCUUCCAGCUGCAAUUCCAUGGAAUUCAGAUUUAUUACCGCUCUAUUUCCUCUUCUUCUUCAGCUCGCCGGCGCAGUUCUUAUCCCUGCAUCUCGUGCAAUUUCACCGGAAAUAAUGGUCCUCGAGUUCAAAAUCAGAGAAGAGUUACGGGAGUUCGAGCAAAGGGGAAGGAGAACGUGUGGAGCAUUGACAACGAGAUAGCAAGAGCGGAGAAGGAAAAGGAGAGAAUGGCGAGGAGGAGGAGGAUGAGAAAGGGGCGAAAGAGAGUGAGGCAUGUAAACAGGAAAGGUGGUAAAGUUAUGGUGUCUGGUUCGAUGUUAAUGGAAGUCGAAACAGUUUUGCAGACACAGGAGCCCGUAAUUCGGCCUUCAUGGCAUACAUUUGUAAGUAGUGUUAGUGGGAUAUGGAAGGGAGUGGGAGCCGUAUAUUCACCCAUCACGGCAGAGAUGGAACCGGUUGACAUUGGGGGUAGGAAUGAGAACUUAUUCGACUGCUACACUUUGUCGCAUAUCGAGGCAUUGUCUUCCACUUCUGGGGUUCAGAGUACUCAAAUAAAUAGGAAAGUAAAUUGGAUCCCGCUGAAUCCUAAUGGUGAAGCUAAGAGUAUUGGAGGUGUUCGUGGGGAUAAAAAACACGAUGAUGCAUCAUUGCCCCCAAUUGAGUCGUUCGACUUCGGAGGCAGUGAUGUGAUGGAAGAAGAUGUGAUGUGCAUUGAGCCUGGUCUCGUCUUCUUUGAGGAUGGAUCAUAUUCCAGAGGCCCGGUGGAUAUUCCAAUCGGAGAUUCAGAGGAGACUGAAUACUAUCUGUCUCCUACUUUCAAGUUUGAGCAAUGUUUGGUUAAAGGUUGCCACAAGAGACUGCGCAUAGUACAUACUAUAGAGUUCGGCAGUGGUGGUUCAGAUAUCCAAAUACUGAGGGUUGCGGUAUAUGAAGAAGAAUGGGUCAGCCCAUCCAAUAUCCCCAUCACCAGCGAGCUGGCUUUGGACCUGAAGCCCUUCUCCCAGAGAAAAAGGGUCCAACCAUCGGAGCUCACGGGCUCCUGGAAAGUGUUUGAGGUGAGCGCCACGCCAAUCUACGGUGAGGAUCUAACAAUCGAGGAAGGGAACACCGCUCCCUAUGUGUACCUCUGCACGGAGAAUCUCAACAAGAGGAGCCUUCCCGAGAACCCUGUUUACUUUGGAGAGGAGGAGAUUCUGGAUAUGCAGGACGUGACUGUACUGUGGCUGCCAGGUGGCGUGACAGCUUACGUCGACGUGAAGAAGGACGGUGUUCUCUGCAUAGGGGUCGGGUGGUACUCGGAUGAAGGGAUUGACCUGGUGAUGGAGAGGGACUACGGGUUGGAUGGGAAGCUUAGGGAGGUCAGGUCCAAGUCCGAGAUGAAAAGGAGGUGGACAAAUCCUCCCCCGAUGUAA